AUGAGCAGUACAACUAUAACUACAACAACAACAACUACAAAAGAUAAUCAAACAAGUGAUGUUGGUUGCUUAGGUGGUGCGCAUGUACAACUAUCUCAAUACAUUCAAUCGAUCAUCAUUGACUUGUUGGUUCAUAAUAACAAAAACACUCAUCGUUCUUAUUGUAAUGGAUCUAUUAUCGAGUUUGAUAUUUCAAGAUUACCUCUUCUACUACCACACCUAAAAUCUAUAUAUAUUGUUGGAGACAAUUUGAAACAACAAGAGAUGCAAGCCAUCACACAGUUUAUCAACUUGUUUCCAAAGAUUAAAGUCAACUUGGAUAUCACCGUUGACAGUCGUGUGUGGGAAGGACAAAAAUGGCCUCGCAAUGUAUCUUUUACAGGACCACUCGACCCCAAUACAGUCGUAUCAAUCUCAAGCAAUGGAUAUUUCGAUAAUAUAUACCUUAUCGAGGACUUGACUUGUUAUUUGGAAAAUAGCGAUUUACGAUAUGCUAGAUGUGAGGCAUGUUAUUUAGACCUAAAUAUUGAAGAUACUCUAGAAGACUGGGAUCAACUAUGCACCAAUCUCACCAACAAUACAACUUUGAAAAGACUAUGGUUGAAUAAUCCACAUGAAAGAAAUGUCGACCAAAAGAAACAAAAAAAACAAAAAAAGGAAAAGGAAAAAGAAAAGACCAAGCUAACAUCAGUAAUCAAGACCAACCAAUAG